AUUUUCAGAAUCAAUGCGAAGAUGCAUAUAGUUACGUACACAUAGCCACACACACAUUACACUCAUUAGAAAAAGCUGACGAGUAUCUGAAUUUUGAGUGACAGAAUAAGUUUCUUUUAAAAGGUAAUUCUACGCUAUGUUAAAACCAAAAGCUCUUACGCAAGUUUUGAGUCAGGCGAAUACGGGUGGAGUUGAAAAUACUUUGUUACUCAACAGAGAUGGUGGUUUAUUAGCUUAUAGUGGCUAUGGAGAUAAAGAUGCUAGAAUAACUGCUGCAAUUACAAGUAACAUUUGGUCAGCUUAUGAAAAGAAUGGAAGAAAUGCAUUUAAAGAAGACAAAUUACAAUUUGUUUUGAUGGAUUGCGUGGAAGGCAAAGUGGUGAUUACAGAAGUAGCAAAUUUAUUAUUAUGUUUGUAUGCUAAAGAGAAUGUGGGAUUUGGAUUAUUAAGAGAAAAAGCACAAGCACUUGCUAAAUAUCUUGAUCAACCAUUGAAAACAAUUGCUAAUAUGCCUUAAAUAAGAUUUUAUAUGUAAUAUGAAAAUUAUAAUUUUAGAUACUAUUAUAAUAAGAGCAUGAUAAUAAUGUUC